UUUAUUUGCUAUUUUUCUUACAGCAAAUGCAGUUCCAUUUCAACUUAAUAAAAGAGCUACCAACUUCGAACCUUGUUCCGAUGAUUUUGAUUCACUUACUGUGGCAAUAAAUCCUGAUCCUCUGUUGGAAACAAACAUGAACUAUUUAAUGUAUCCGAAACAUAUCACCGUAAACAAGACCAUUGUUCAAAUUGUUUUAUUUUCAGCAGAAAAAAACAUUACAAUCAAAUAUUGA